CAAUGCGUCACCGCAAUGCAGACCAAGCUCUCAUUCAUACUAAUAGGCCAUUUGAUCAGGUCGCUGCAGAGAAAGAAGGAAGCGGCUACUAGAAAGCGGCCUUAGACCUUGGGAUCAGGAGCUGUUCAUGACGGUCUACAAUGACCACCACCGCAGACUCGACGGGCGGCAGCGACCAGAGCUCGUAUCCUGUCCACGAUGCUGUGAAGCACGGCAAGAACGAUGAGGUGGCGGCCCUCCUGGACGCAGACGUCAGCAACAUCUCCGCGGUGGACGAGCAUGGCAGGACGCCCCUGCACAUGGCCGUCCUCUUCCAGAACCUGGCGGCUGCGGAGAUGCUCGUCGCUGGGGGGGCAAACUGCAAUGAGGAGGAUGCGACUGGGAGGACCCCGCUGCACCUAGCAGCCUACGCCGUGGACCGUCUAGACGUGUUGCGGCUCCUCCUCGACGCCGGGGCGAGCCUGGAAAGGAACAACUGGGCCGGACAGACCCCCCUGCUGGUGGCUAUUGCUAGGGGCAAUAAUCCUGGGGUGGAGCUGCUGAUUGAGAGGGGGGCAGAUUGCAUGGCCAGGAAUGAGGAGCGAGCCACGCCCCUCCAUGUGGCCAUGGCUUACAGGAACCAUACGGCAGCUCGCCUUCUCCUGGAUCACGGCGCCCGAUUCGGCGCAGUCAACAAGGACGGAAAGAGCGCUCUUCACAUAGCGAUGGAGAUUGGCGACAUCGGGUCUGCGGUCAUGCUGCUGGAAAGAGGCGCUCGAGUGGACACCAUGGAUCAGGCGGGCCGCACCCCUUUGGAUUGCGCCAAGGAUUGGAACUUGCUUCAAAAGAUUUUCAUGCACGUGAGCGCACGGUGGGAGGAAGCAAAAGUGGCACAGCGAAAAGCGGAGGCCGAGUUGGCUGCCGAAAGAGAAAAGAGGGAACUGGCAGAGGUCAAAAUUAGGGAACUAGAGGGCAGCGUAGAGCAGCUUCUGGUCCGAAAAUUGCAUAUGCGGCACUCUGUUUCCUUACCGCCUGGAACUGUCGGCCCUGUUCCGGAGGACUGACUGAUCUGCUUUUGUAUUAUACAUCACUGGCAGACGUGUACAGUUAAAAUCUGUAAUGCUUGUGGAAGGCAGGAAAUGCCUCGGGGCCUCUCUCUUGAAGAUUUCAUGCGGACGCGG